CCCCCCUCUGCACCAUCCUCAACUGCUGCCAUCCCCAGAAGAGUGCCAACUUACAUGAGGAAGGCCAGCUCUCGGGACUUUGGGGGAGGAGGAGGCAGUGGCAGAGUGACCGGCAUAGAGGAAGCGGACUGAGGGGCUGGAGAUGGCCUCUGUGGGCCUGCAGCUGGUGGGCUACAUCCUGGGGCUUCUGGGGCUGCUGGGCACAGUGAUUGCCACCCUCCUACCUGGCUGGAAGACCAGCUCCUACAUUGGCACCAGCAUAGUCACAGCUGUGGGCUUCUCCAAGGGCCUCUGGAUGGAGUGUGCCUCCUACAGCACGGGCAUCACCCAGUGCGACAUCUACAGCUCCCUGCUCAACCUGCCCGCCGACCUCCAGGCCGCCCAGGCCCUGAUGUCCACCUCCAUCGCUGUCUCCCUGCUGGCCUCCAUUGUCUGCGUGAUGGGAAUGCGCUGCACUGUCUUUGCCCAGGGCUCUCCAACCAAGGACAGGGUGGCUGUGGCGGGAGGGGCGGCCUUCAUCCUCGGGGGGCUCCUCGCCUUCAUCCCUGUGGUUUGGAACAUCCACGUGGUGCUCCGGGACUUCUACAACCCCGUCAUCCCCGACAGCAUGAAGUAUGAGCUGGGGGAGGCCCUGUACCUGGGCAUCCUCUCCUCCUUGGUCUCCCUGGUUGGGGGACUCAUCCUCUGCGCCUCCUGCCCACCUCAAGACCGGGUGCCCACCCACUACAGCCCAUACCGCUCCCGGACAGUGGCCACACGGAGCCCCCCAUCUCCCACGGGAGGGGCAGCCCCCUCCCAAAAAACAAAGAGCGAGUUCAACGCCUACAACCUGACUGGCUAUGUAUAAUGGCAGCUGGACUUGCCAGACUGACAGACCACUGGGGAGCCAUGGCUGUCUUGACCCCUGGCCCACCUGGAGGCAUCGGACAGGUAAGCAGGCAAGGAGGCAGCUGGGCAUGGACCCCACCACCACGCACCUGCGUUUCUACCACUGCCAUUGCCAAGACUUCUCCCUCAAGCACCAAGUGGAGCUGCCUUCUUUGGGGCCUCAGAGCCGAAUCACUGCUGAAGGAAGCCUCUCCUCAUCCUGAAGGGAUCAGCCACACUGGACAGUCUCUGAGGUGUCACUGUGGGAUCUUCUGGUGGGACUGGCAAGGGUCUGCCUUAGAGACACCUGACCAAUCCCCAUGGAUCCAUAGGACUGCACGUCCCUGACGGCAGAGACUGACCAAACGGAGGAGGAGAAUGGGUGAAGUGGGGGCCAGCCACUGGCAAGGGGAGAGGGGGACCAUGGGUCAAGCAGAACAGUGACUCUGGAAGGCGCUGGCAGGAAUCCAGCCUCACAAAGUGCUGGGGGUGGCAGUGGGGAGGAAACAGCAGGCUAGUCCAUGAUUCUCCUGGGGCCCCAGGAAGAUUUGCUGAUGGGCACCAAUGGAGCAGUGCCACAGCCACCCAGGCCAAGCUUUCUGAGCAUCACAGCUGGCCACCCCUUUGGGGACUGGGGGUCCAGCAGCAGCCAGAGUCCCUAGCCCCUCUUCCCCACUGCCAGGCCCUGUGCCUUGGGGGGUUUCUGCCUCCCCCCUUGUGGCAAAUGCCAACCGCACAGGGCCCUAAGGGCUGGGCUUGAUCAAAACAAGUUUUUCAUCUCCAUGACCUCAGGGGCCUCUGGCUUUGAAGAGCCGCCUGCCCUCCCCUGUGCUUGCCCCGUGGGUGGAUGGUUGGGUGGGUGGAGAGAACAGACUGGCCUUGGCAAGGGGAUCUCGGGCACAAUAAACCAAGAGGGAGGGGGAGGCUGGGAAGGGGGCAGCUGGCAGGCUGGCACUGGGUGCUUCUUUUUCGGACAGACAGAGGCCACUUCUGUGUGUCUCCCUGCCUUCGCCCGCCAUGUUCUUCCCCAUGUUCGGCUUCCAGAAGCUGAUGAGGGCAAGUCAGUAGCAAGGACUCUGAAGGGCAGGAAGAAGGCCCAGAGGGACCUUCAUGGACUGGGGGGGGGGGGGGGUGUGCCCAGGACCCCCAGGGAGGAAAGCAACCCUGGGGGCCUUGGCUCCAUGCAGGCUACCCAAUGCAAGCAAUCCUCUGCCUCCUCCUCUUUUUAGGAAUCCUGGGGGGGGGGUUCUCCCCUCCCUUCCCCAAGGAACAUGUUGAGCACCCCACAUACAGAAGGGAGUCAGGUGGCUGCUCUGGGCUCCCAUUUCCCCACCCCAAAGGAAGGAAGUAUUCGCUGGAGUAUUGCAUCAAUGCUUGCGUUUAUGGAAUUGGAAGAAAGGGGGUUGACUUCCUUAUAGCUGCACCAGUUACCUCUAUGGCCAUUUGGUCACUGUAGAGGUCACUUCCUAUCCCCCCACUCUACAAAAGGUUUAGAGUUUUUAUGACCCUAAGGCUCUUUCCUCCAUGCUUGGAUUAAAGAUGGAUGCAUCCGCAA